AUUAACAAUGUCUGAUGAUGGAGAUUUCGAGUCCUGUGAAUUUGGAAAUACUGCGGAGCAGGGUCAACAGCGUGUUCUGGAGCCUGAAGAAAUGGGUAUACUUCCGCCUAACCAUCCUUUGCUACGAAGAUUUCAACUGUCCUUGAAGGAACAUCUUUUGCGUACAAAAAAUAAGCUGGAAAAUGAGAUAACGGAUAUUAAAUAUCAUGUCAAGACCAAAGAGGAACGUAGGGAAGAGCAGGGGCUGGCAUUGUAUGAUAUGCAAAAUAAAAUUACAUACCAGGAGCAACAAAUCAAAGAUAUAUCUGCCCAAAUUGAUGAACACAUUGAAAAACGCCAAUUGGAAGAAGCCGCUGUAGAGAUUCUAAAAAAAGAAUAUGACGAGAAAAUUAAGUUGACAAGAACUCAAAAAUCAUUAUACCAUACUCGAAUGAUGGAACUAGAAGAUCUUCAAAGUUUGGGCAGUAAUAUCAAGAACUGGGCAUACGAAGUGGAAGAUGAAGUUAAAAAUGCAAAGCGGAUUGUUAGCCGCGAUGCUCAAUUGCAAAAACAGCUGUCAGAGGAAAAAAGAAAGUCAGACAUACUAUUUUAUAGACUUGAUAUGGAAGUCAAGAAAAAAGAAGCAGAGCUGCAAUCAAUUGCCGAAGAUGAAGUUGCAAUUAAAGAGGUGGUUAAUGUACUUAACAUGAGCAUUGCCGAUGCUAACACUGAUUUGGAGGCUUUACAAAAUGAGCAUAAGCGCUUAAUUCAGGCAUGGAGUGAAGUUAUCAUAGCUAUUCAGCAAAGAGAUAAAAUACUGUUUCAAGUUCAGGACAAUAUACGUAAGCAAAAAGAAUCAAUAAAACUGAAUUCAAAUGGCAUAGAGGCCGUGAAAAAGCAAAUUUCAAGAGAAAUGGAGCUUAACAAAAAGCUGGAAUCCUUUAAGCAGAGAUUGGCCGAUGAUAUGAGUAACUUAAGUCGUGAAUGUCAAAGGGAAUUGGAAGCACUACUGUCUUUGCAAACAAAGCUGGACGAAUUUCCAGAGUUUCUAGCCCGUACCGAAGCCGAUUUGCAAGAAGCAACCCGUGAAGGAAAUAAAUUAUUAUCAGAAAUGCGAAGACUCGAUCUGAUUUUGGACAAAAACCAACAAAAGAAAUUCAGAACUGAGGAGGCCAUCUUGAAGUUAGCUCAGGAUCAGCUUAUCACUGAUAAAGCUAGUGCUUAUCGCUUAAAAUUAUUAAAUAAAGCUCAAGAUCAUCGUCGAAGCGUUGACAUUUCAUUGUCGAAAGUACAAAACCAAUUAGCAUUGGCCAUGCUCGAUGUGGAGAAAUUACGAAGCGUGUUAUUUAAUACAAAGAAACAAAAUGACAAAGUUCAAGACAAAUUAACUAAAGCUGAAGAAAAGUCAAACAGUUUAGACGAUGAGCUAAAGAAGAUACAAUCUAAAAUUGAAAUCAAAAUGCAGCGAUUUGAAAAGCUUAACAGCCUAAUUGAAGAGAUUCACAGCGCUCAUGGUGACGAAACUGGUAACCCAACUGAACUUAAGGUAAUAUUUAGCUGAA